CGGUCUACAUUCUCUUCUACCAGGUGGAGCCCCUGAUGCUGCUCUGUCAACAGGACGAGCACGUCGCGCGGGAAGCGGCGAUCUACUGUCGCGCGGCGUCACUCGGCUUGCUCCCGAUGUACAUCGCGGACACCUGGCGGAAGUUCUUCGUCAACAUUGGACGGAUAUGCAUCGCAGAGGUAAAAGUAUCGUAGUCGUACUACUUGCAUCACAGCAUGACAGAUCUGGUCUCUUAGCUAAUUCAGCAUUACAAAUUCCACUUUAGUAUUUCCACCUGCUUCUAGCAAAAUUUGCAUUUGUAAUGCUAUUUUCACUAGAACUAGUGUAGUGUAGUACGAUAACGAUGCUCAUUUUUUGCAAUCCAUACCGGACGAACGCAAUCCAGACCAUGCAGAUCUGCACGACUUUGCUGCACUGGCUGUGGUGCUUUUUGUUCGUGGGGUACUACCAACUGGAGAACUUCGGGGUAGGGUUGGCGAACAGUUGCACCAACAUGUUGACGUUUCUCUUCUUCGGCUACCAGUACUACGCUUUGAACCUGCGGGAGUUCUGGAACCCGUAUGUGCGUGGGAACUUUUUCGGGAACAAGGUCGGGCUGGAAGAAAGGGUGUCGAUGUCCGGUGCUGGUGGGAACUACGUUCCACCUGAUACGACCGGCGCGACGACCGGAUCCGGAGCUGCUGCGCCAGGUUCUGCGACCGACACAGAGGGAGCUGCUCGUAUUGGCGUUUUUGGGCAGCACCUUCCGGUUGUUUCGCGCAGCCGAAGCAGGAGUCCGCGGGGAUCUUCGGUGCUAAUCAGAAGGCCGUCGACUUCGUCAGUAGAGCUGCACCCGGAACAAGAUGAUCCCCAGGACAAGAUUUCCGAAAUCGACCGUGCGCACCAUUCUUCUGUGCGGUCUUCUCCGGUCGUGCCCGGGUUGACCAUUUUGGAGAAGUUUUUCCGGGUGCACCAAGACGAGAGCGGGCUGCAGUCCUCGAGCUGCAGCGAGGCGAGUCUGGAGCGGCAACGCAGUGGGAGCCGCAGCUUGAGCAAAGCUCGGGCGAUAGGAGGUGGUGCGGGAGGACCGCAGCGUUUGGGUGGUGUUGGCGGAAAAACUGAAGAGAAUUUGAACAUCCUCUACGACAUCAAUCAGCCUCGGGAUCAUCAUGCGAGGGAAAGCCAAAGCGAUGCGGACUACAACUUUUUUCCGGAAUCCCGUGCGGACGCAAGUGUGAACGUAGACCCGUACAAUAACAUCAGUGGUUCUACUUCUUACCACAGCGAUGGAGCCAUUGGAAUUGCUGCUGACCAACCGGCGCACCAAAGACGAUCUUCCUCAAGAACGAAAUCUGCGCGCACUUCAGCGGCGAACGCGAACGACGGUUUUCUUCUCGACCAGCAGUACCAGCGACAAAGCGGCGCGAGCGGGGGCAUCAUCAGCUUCGCCGACGAGGAGGAUCUCCGACGUCCCACUGCCGCACAGCAAAUCUUACUUUCCGGCGCUCGGGGCCGCAGCUCCUCGCCGCGGGCGUCUUUUGUGGAACAUCACCUCUACGCUGUACAAAGCAGUCCGUCGCAGGCAAAAGCGCCACGAACCAGCUCGUUGAGUUUGACGAGAAAUAACUUGGACCAAGACCUGCUCUUUGCGGAGCUCGACGGUGGAAGUAGAACUGCUCCACUUCUACACAACGGUCACCUAGCGACGCCGCUUCUUGCGAGGGAGAAUAAGACGAUACAAAACGUCAGCACCAAAUUCCCGCUCAAUCAUCUCUCCCCGGGCUCCCCGGUCGGUCAACAUCUGCGAUUUCGCGACCUCAGUGGCAUGAAUCUUGCAGCCGCACCGGCGGCGCAACAGGAACGAGGAGAGGAUGACGAUGAUGAUGUAGGGGGAGGAUCAUCAUUAUCACUGAGGCACGAACGUGUAGACGUAGACGUAAAUGUGUUUCGACAUGAAAUGAACGAAGUCGAAGGGGAUCAAGCGCGCCGAGAUUUUAUUGUCGCAGAUGAAUUAUACGGAAAUUCAAAUUUUCGAGUCAUGCCGCAGCACGCGCGGGCGGAAGGCGAAUUUUCGGGUCCACAGAUCCAGGCUGGUGGGUCCUCCUCGUCGUCUAGUUAUUUCCCUGGCGACCGUGAAGGUAACUACCGUGCGCAAGGGCAAUUUGAAGAUGCAGUUGUACCCGUGGAUGACAAAAACGACUUCCUCGAUAAAGAACCGCCUCCAGCAAGGACAACAGCAUCGCUCUCGGCCGAUUCUGCGAAGGUCUUCCUCACAGAAGCGCGAGAGUCCGGACGGGAAAUGUUUGAAAGAGCGAAACAUUACACGAAACGGUUCAUGUUCGAAGGCUUCAUGUUCUACGAUGAAGGCGGAGGGGGAGAAGCUGCAAGGGAAAAAUCUCAACUUGUCGUUCAGCAGAGGACCUCGUCCAGCAGUCCCAGCCGGGCGCCAAACUACAACACACCGCUUCCCGUGGUCCCGACCUCCGCUUCCAAUUCUUCCCCUUCAAGGCCCCCGGGGCAGGCACAAGCGCAGGCCGCCGCAAUGCGCAGCUUCAAACAGCGCCUGCGGGCGAGCGGAAGGGUGAGUAGUUUCAGAGGGACAACAACAGCUGCUGGCUCAACAUCUUACCCCGCUGCUCUGGAGGACGAAAAAUUCAAACCCCCGGUACAUCUACUCUUCCAGGUCGUUUUCGACCCCUUCUCCGCUGCAGCCGGGCGCGGGGGCAGUACGAAUCCGGGUUUGAUGCUUCACCAGACUGGAACUGCUUCAAACGACCAUUAUGCGGUCGAAGAGCGCAGUGGCCUGGUUGGAUUGAAUUCAGGCAGGAGCUACAGCCUGCACGGAUUGAGGAAGUUCCUGAAAAUUUCCGUACCCACCGCCUGGCAGAUCGUCCUGGAGUGGUGUUUGUGGUAUCCUGUGCAAAAGUAUCGUGCUCGUAGUAAUUGCAGUCAUGCCUUACAAAUCUCGCUCCCAAGGCGCAUCAGCAUGACAAAUUCCAUUUGCCAUGCUGAGCGAAUUUGUGUUGCAAUUACUGCUAGUGCGAUACUUUUGCAGUUCAUAUGUGGGAGGUGAUGGCGAUUUGCGCGGGGCUGAUCGGCCCGGGCGCUUUGGCGUGCCACGUCGCGGGUCUGACGGUGUACACGGUAGUGUUCACGGGCGCACUAGGCUUAGCCUCCACAGCGGCGCAGGUCGUUGGGAACUCGCUAGGCGAGGGCAGGCCGCGACAAGCACGAAAAAACGCAGCGACAUGUGUCUGGUACAGCGUUUUCACGUCGGUUAUCGUCAUGAUCAUCGGCAACGUUGCGGCCCGGGGCAUCGCGGACUUUUACUUUCCGAUAGUAAGCGCUGACGGGACUAGUCUUGACGACGUCCUCUCGAAGGCAGAGAAUUUUCUCAUCCAGGAAGUGGAGCCACAACUACUUCAUCUGCCUAGUAGCACGGCAACGACUUCUACAGGUGGUUCUCGUGCAGGAGAACAAGUGACGGGCUUGGUAGAAGUGAAGGGGGGACAAGGACAAGGAGGAACUUUGGUAUUAUCAGCGUUCUCUUCAUCUUCUGGAAGAUCUGGGAGUACGAGUACGAGUAGUCUCCUCUUCCAAAACGACCGUCUGGUCACAACGCCCGAGGAGAAAAACGAACUGCUGCAGCUUUUGUUAAAAAUCAUCUUCACCCUCUCCCUGCUUCCCGACUGCGUGCAGAAUGUGGCGGUUGGCGUUUUAAGGGCCUGCAGUUGGUCGGACACGGCGGCGGGGAUGUAUUUGGUGCAGCACUACUUGUUCGGGUUUCCGCUGGGUUUGUAUGACAGUGCACAACUUCCCCUCUGCCUCAUUUGUAUUGCAUGAACGGCAACACAAGCAUCAGCAGUAAUGCCGGCGUUGCAUGACAAAUUUGCAAUGGAGUGUAGUGCUAUUUGGGCUGCCAGAACUUGUCAUGCAAACAGUGCCAAGAGGCAAACGCAAAGGAAGGAUUGGGCAUUUUGCAUGACAAAUGAGGGGGAGGGGGAGUUGUGCACUGUUAUAGUUUGUUCCUGGUGUUGAAGUACCACAGCCUGAUCCUUCUCUGGCUGGCGCUGGUUCUCGACCUCUUUUGCGGCUGUGCCCUGACGUUAUUCCUAGUCUUCAACCAAAUCGACUGGCGGAAAGAGUCGCAAACGGCCAUCGAGCGGUCGGUCAGAAGAAGCAUUCUGACUGCGGCGACGGGGUAAGGGUAAGGCAGCUAAGGGUAAGGCUAAGGGACGGAUGGACGGCCGGUGUCGAGCGCUGGAAGCACCUCGCCAGUGUUGUUCUGUCGGGCCCGCCCCACCGGGGGUGAUCAUGCACACAAGUGCAUGCAGUCGCAGUGCGGAUCACAGUUUAAGUAAGUAGUUUGGGUGUGGCGUAGUUCUUUACUGUACGUUCGCCUAAUUUUCUUUUCCCUUGGUAGUUUGCUUCUAGUUGUAGUUUGUCACAGGACGCCGGCAGCGCGAGCACACUUUGCGUCUGUCGGUGACGCGCACAAGACGUAAACAAACUGCACAGCUACCUAGCCAAAGCAACAGUACGAACACCGAGCAGGAGUCCCAGCGCGAAACUACAAAUAUUCGCUGUACGAAGCAAAUAGCUACUUCUCAC